UAGCGUUGUUGCGGCUGCGUUGCCUAAGAGGUAAUCCCGAGAAGCCGAUCCUGCCGGGUUAGUUCCGUUCUCUUUCUUUUGUGGUGAGGAGCGGGAGUGGAGGUGACUUGCCUGUCCAGCAUGAGAAGGGCCACUUCUAGCCCAUUCUAGAAGAAUACAUCUGACAUCACGUGCAAAUAAUGUGAUUUUGAGUUAAUGUCACUUCAUGAUGCUAUGGGAAAGAAGAAGCCAUGUCAGAAGACGCUGUUAGCGAGACACAUUUUUCUUUCAAGACAGCAGCCUUAAGAAUCUUUGAUCUUCCCCUUUCUUGGUAUUAUUCUCUAAGCCAGGUUAAGCUCUCACCAAGUCUAAAGAAGCUAUUUGCAGUAACAGCAGUGAGUGCUAUAUCUGUGCUCUUUCUCGCCCAUCACUUCAAAAGAAAACGUGGGAAGAAAAACAGGAAAGUGUCUCCAUGGGAGCCAAGCCACUUGCUGUUAGAUUAUAUGAAAACAUCUGCAUCAGAGAAAGGUUCCAGUUGUUCCAGCAGCAGACAAAAUCUAACGCUUUCACUGAGUUCUGCGAAAGAAAAAGGUUCCCAGUCUCAUAUUAAUGUUAAUGGAGGCCUCUUCAGUAAAUAUUCAGGCUCAGUGCAGAGUUUGGCCUCGGUCCAAAGUGCUACUUCCUGUCCUAGCUGUGCUUGUAUCAAUUCCAGUUCCUGGGACAAAGUGGAUGAAGAUGAUAUGAAACUGGUCAAUAUUCCAGUAACUACCCCAGAAAACCUAUACUUGAUGGGAAUGGAACUUUUCGAAGAAGCUCUGCGACGAUGGGAGCAGGCACUGACCUUCCGUAACAGACAAGUUGAAGACGAAGCAAACUGUAGCGCUAUCAAACUUGGAGCAGGUGAUGCUAUUGCAGAAGAAAGUGUAGAGGACAUCAUUAGUGCUGAAUUCAUUCAUAAGCUAGAAUCAUUGCUCCAAAGAGCUUAUCGUCUUCAGGAAGAGUUUGAAGCCUCCCUCGGUGCAUCUGACCCAGCUUGCUUUGCUAAUGAUAUUGAUAAAGACACAGAUAUCACUGUGAAGGAUAAUACAGUUGAAUUCAGCCUGCGGGAUACGCUAAGCAUUGCAUCAACAGAUUCAUUUGUUUCAGCAGCUGAGCUUGCAGAACACAAAGAAAGCCGAAACUCCUAUAAUAUGGAUUCACUUUGCCACUGUCCAUUAUAUGAAGAAGCGCUGCACUUGGCAGAAGAGGGAAAGAUUUAUUCACGAGUCUUGAGGACGGAAAUGCUGGAGUGUUUGGGAGACAACGAUUUUCUUGCUAAGCUCCAUUGUAUUCGCCAAGCUUUUCAGGUAAUUCUGUCAGAUUCUGCUAAUAGAAUAUUCCUUGCUGAAAGUGGAAGAAAAAUUUUGUCUGCUUUGAUAACAAGAGCAAGAAAGAAUCCAAAGAAAUUUGAAGAAGUCUUUGAUGAAAUGAUCUUUUUCUUAGACCAGACUGAUAACUGGGCUAAUACUGAAAUGGAACUCUCUGCUUUGGGAGUGAAACACCUAAAUUUCUAUGAUGUUGUUCUGGACUUCAUAUUAAUGGAUUCCUUUGAAGAUUUAGAAAAUCCACCCGUGUCUAUACAAAAUGUGGUCAACAAUAAUUGGCUAAAUUCUUCCUUCAAAGAAACUACCCAAGGGUCAUCUGAUGAAACUGAUUGCCAAGAAAUUUAGGACCAGCAAAAGGAAGUAUUUUUUUUUCAUACAACACUAAUUAACCUAUGGAAUUCUCUGCCAUGGGAUGUUAUGUAAGCCAACAGUCUGAAUAGUUUAAGAAGGGUUUAGAUAAAUUCAUAUAGGACAGGAUUAGGGAUGCAUAAGGUCUAUAGGCCUCCUCCAGCCUCAGAGGCAAGAUGCCUCUAAAUACCAGUUGCAUGGGAGCAACAGCAGGUGAGAGGGCAAGCCAUUAGCUCUUGCCUGUGGGCUUCCCAGAGGCAUCUGUUAGGCCACUAUGUGAAACAGGAUACUGGACCAGAUAGAUCUUGGGCCUGAUCCAGCAGGGCUGUUUUUAAGUUCUGUUUUGAAACUUCCAGUAAAGGAAAAUCCAUCACUGUGGAAGGCAGACUGUUCCAUUGCUGAACAGCUAUUUCAGUAAGGAAAAUUCCUUCUAAUUUCUAACCUAAAUCUGCUUCUUUUUAAUGUUAACCUAUUGGCUUUAGUUCUGUCUUCAGGAGCAACAGAAAACAAGUCUGCUCAACCUUCUAUGUGACUGCCCUUCAGAUAUUUGAAGAUGGCUAUCAUAUUUCCCUUUAGUCUUUUCUCCUCCAGGCUAAAAGUACCCAGCUCCUUCAACUGUUCCUCUUGGGUUUUGGUUUCCAGACUGCACACCAUUUUUGUCGUCUUCCUCUGAACCUGUUUCAGUUUAUCAAUGUCAUUUUUAAAAAUGUGAUGCCCCAAACUGGAAACUGUGUGUUCCAAGUGAGGUCUGACCAGUGCAGAAUAGAGAGGAACUCUAGCCCUAUCCAGACAUUAUGCUAUACGUGCAUACAGGUGUCUGUACAAAUAUAUAUGGCUUUUGUAUGCAUAACUAUAGAUUUUAAACUUGAGCCAGAGUACAGGCCCUUCAAAUGCAAGGUACAGAUAGGUCUGCUGUUGUGUAUGCAUAAAUAUGUUAAAUAAAUUAAGCAUAGUGUGAGUAACUGUACAUGCAUACAGACUUAUACAUGCAUACACACUAUAUAAAUAUGUGUGUGUUGGAAGAAAACGUGUGAAUAGGGCUUAUUACUUUUCAUUAUCUGGACACUAUCCCUCUGUUAAUGUAGCCCAAUAUUUUAUUAGCUUGUUAAACAACUGCAUCACACUGCCGGCUCAACUUAUAGUACGGAUGUGCAUGGAACCGUUUCGAACGGCAGGUGGUUUUGCUAGUUUGAAGGCAGGGGUGUGGGGUGUUGCUUUAAGUGGGAACGUACCCCUCCCACUGCUCUUCUCCCACCAGCGCUCCUUU